AUGUUCAUCAGCACCAUACUUCUGCUUCUUCUCAUUCCACACUAUCACUCCACGCCCAUCCGAGACUAUGCUGACGUCUAUUACAGUUGCACGAAUCUUGGCGAUGUUAUAUCUGUCUGCUGUUGUUUUCGAGGGUGGAGGGGUUAUCCAGUUUUUCCUCGACUGUCAGGUUUUGAUGUGGCAGCUCAGCGGUUAAAACGUAGACCAGCUGACCGGAAGAUCCGUGGUUCAAACCCAACCUCAGCAUCUCGACCUCUGUUUGGGCAACCUGGCACUCGUGCUUCCUUCGGCUGUAACACCCUAUUGGUGCCUAGCUGCCAUGCCACCCAAAGGAAGCACGAGGGCUGGGAUACUGCCCAAGGUUGCCCAAGCCUAGACAGGGGAAGUCGACAGGCAGAGGUCGGGUUCGAAUCACGGACCUUCCGGUCAGUAAAUUCGCGCUCCAACCACUUGAGCCAUCUCGCCCUCAUCAACUAUGGAGCAGACGUCACAUCAGGUUAUCUGUCAAUGGUCGAGUCUAAAACGCUGCGGUGCGUUCCAUAUGGUUGUAUUGGUGACAAACAUGGCCGCUGUGCCUUGAGGGCCAUCAGUGACUUCGAACCACUGUGCGAGCCUGAUGAAAACGUAGAAUCAACAGUGCCGAAGUCGUCAACAUCAUCAUCAGCUGUAAGAAUUUCGUAG